AUGCAGAUGAUCACCCUGAUGCUGAUCAAGCCGCUCUAUGAGCUCCCUCUGCAAAUCCUUCUCCCGCGGCUCACAAACAGGCUCAACUUACUGAGGCGCAAGCGUUCCAUCCGGCAGAGCCGCGGAGAGGGGUGCUGCGGCGGUCGCUGCGCCUGCAACGAUCAAUGCUGCAGCAGCGGCUGCUGUGGCAGAGGUGGCGUGGAGUCUGCCGACGGCGAGGGUGCCAAUGAUAGCGCCGUGGCGUCCCUAACGAGCCGGAUCGAGCGACAGAUCGCGCUGCCGGCCUUUGGCGGAACCGUUGCCGAGUACAACAGCAAGGUUGUGCAAUUCGGGCUGAUUGCCUGCUUCUCGGCCGUCUUCCCGCUCGGCACGGCACUCGCGAUGGUCGUCAACUUCAUUGAACUCCGCGUCGACGCACACAAGCUCGGUCACAACACGCGCCGUCCUAAUAUCGUUGACGAGGUAGUCCUCCCCUUCCCACCGGAAAACCUGUCCAAGAAGGUCUGUCGAGCCAACCAGUCGUUUAGCCAGGCCGGGCGGCACUUGGAGCACUUGGAGUGCAGUCAGUAA